UCAUUCAUCCCAGUUUGAACUUCCUUGGUUCCAGAAGCAUCUCUAAAAAUUAUAUUAGACGCACACGCAUGCACAAAUACAUAUAUACAUACGUAUGACCUCUGAGAAUCAACUGUACAUGACAUACAAUCAAAUGGAGACUAGAGAAAUCUACGCUAUAUAUAUAUAUAUCAAAGAGAUGCAAGUUAUGUGUAGCUGAAUGAUCUCACAUUCUUUUUAGAUCUAAGAAUUCCACCACACUAUUUAAUUCCAGAUCCGCAAAGUUUAGCAAAUGCAGGAGUAUAGAGAGAGAAAUGUCUUUUGUCGAACUGGAGGACACCACCCUCUCUGGAUUGAGUAGCAAACAAACUUCGGCUGCCUUUUCAUUAUAUUAUUCUACACCAGAAAUUUGACUGCGGCCAUGCUGGAGCACCGCCUUUAGUCGAACAAAUCAACCCCAGGACUUAUUCUUUAUAAUCUGAAUUUGAAAGAGGAAGUGACGUUCCUUGAUAGAAACGGAAGUAGCGCAUAGAACACAAAACGAAACGUUUGUUCGUGGCCGCCCUGUCAUAACAAGAAGUGGAAUGUCGUUAUCUAAGAUUACCAGGAGACAUUGGCAUUAAAGAAUACAGAACAGAUAUAACCCUGUUUACAUAAACAUAUGGUAGAAUCAAUGAGACUUUUAACAAAAUUUCUUGACUUCAUUGUCUGGAAUGUGUUUGAGAUGAUUAUGAAUUUUUAUUGACCUUGGAUUACUGAAGAGUUAACAGCAUCUUCUGAUAUUGGUUAAGACUACAGUUUAUGGAAAUGUUACCUAAUUAUUCAUUAGGAAAAAAUAUAAGAUCAAAACAGAUAUAACCAUUCGUAUAUUAUGGAGAGUGAAAAAAAAAUGGUGGAAAGUGAAUUGUAUGAGGACCGUGUUAAAUGUGAAUCACAGUCUAAAAUGACUGACUUUACUGAAGAGAUUCCAACUAAUAUAGGUAAAAGAUUACACUACUGCGAUAUCUGUAAAAAGCCAUUCUCUCAAACGGGUGCCCUUAAUGUACACAGACGUAUUCAUACAGGAGAGAAGCCAUUUCGCUGUGAUAUCUGUGGAAAAACUUUCUGUCAGAAGAGUAGUUUAAGUGUUCAUGAGCGCAUUCAUACGGGAGAGAAGCCAUAUCGCUGUGAUAUCUGUGGUAAAACAUUCUCUCAGGUUGGACCCUUAAUUACUCACAAACGCAUUCAUACAGGAGAGAAACCAUAUAACUGUGAUACGUGUGGUAAAUCAUUCUCUGCAACUGGUCCGUUAUCUAAACAUAAACGCACACAUACAGGAGAGAAGCCAUAUCGUUGUAUUAUCUGUGGUAAAUCAUUCCCUCAAAUUGCUCAGUUGACUAAACACAAGCGUAUUCAUACAGGAGAGAAGCCAUAUCACUGUGACAUCUGUGGUAAAUCAUUCUCUGAAUCUAGUCCUUUAACUAAACACAAACGCACGCAUACAGGAGACAAACCAUAUCACUGUGAUAUUUGUGGUAAAGCAUUCUCACAUAAUAAUUUAGCAAAGCACAAAUACAUUCAUACAGGAGAAAAACCAUUUCGCUGCGAUAUCUGUGGUAAAUCAUUCUCUCAGAAUGAAAUAUUAACUAGACACAAAUACAUUCACACAGGAGGGAAGCCACAUAACUGUGAUAUUUGUGGUAAGUCAUUCCCUGAAGCUGGUCGCUUAACCAGACACAAACGCAUUCAUACAGGAGAGAAGCCAUAUCGCUGCGAAAUCUGUGGUAAAUCAUUCUCUGUAUGUAGUAACUUAACUACACACAAACGCAGCCAUACAGGAGAGAAACCAUAUCCUUGUGAUAUAUGUGGUAAAUCAUUCUCUGUAAGCAGUUACUUACCUAUACACAGACUUACUCAUACAAGAGAGAAGCUAUAACAUUGCAAUAUCUGUUGUAAAUCCUCCUAUUGAAAUGAUUGCCUACCUACUACCAAACACAUUCAUACAUAGAAAGACGCCAUAUCAUUGAUAUUUGUGGUGAAUCAUUCUCUCAAGUUGAUUAUUUAAUUGAACACAAGCACAUUCAUACAGAAUUUGGGAUAUCUGUGGUACAUUAUUCCCUGUAAGUAAUAACUACUCACACACACACAAAUGUAUUCAUACUGGAGAGAAAACGUAUUACUAUGGUAUCUUUGAUAAAUCCUGCUCUAAUGCAAGUACCAUGACUAUAUACAAACACAUUCAUAGAGGCAAGGGCGUAGCUAGGGUAAACGGCACCCAGGACAAUCAUUAAAAUUGUGUGUCACCCCACCCCAACAAAAAUGUGGAAACUCGCAUAGAAAAAGUGAAUAACUGGUUUUAAAAACUGUGGCACUCAGGGUAUAUGCCUUGCUUGCUCCACCCCUGCAUAGAGGUUGUAAUCUUUAUCAUUGCAAUAUUUGCAGUAACUCAUUCAUUGAUUCAAGUACCUCAAGUGGACACAAAUGCAUUCAUUCAGUGAAGAAACCAUAUCAUAUAUAUGUAUAUAUAUAUAUAUAAUAAGGGUUUUUUUUUUAAUAAGCAUAAUUAAAAUGGAUUAAAUAAAAAAGUGAAAUAAGGUAUAAA